AUGUGCUACUUCCAAGUCGACGUGACAUGUGCCGGUCAAGACCUGCACUCUGGCGUGUACGGAGGAACAAUCUUGGAAGGCAUGUUUGACGUGGUCAGUCUGCUCAACUCUCUCACUGACGACGACGGCUGCGUCUCAGUGCCGGGCUUCUGCGACGAACUGGCCAACAUCACGGAAGAUGAGAACCGGAUUUUAGAAAACGCCCGAUUCGACCUGGAGACCUUUCGCGAGAAUUUGGGUGUGCCUCAGCUGACAGAAAAAGACAAGGUGGAGGCAUUAAAGCGCAUCUGGCAGUGCCCAUCCCUUAGCAUUCAUGGCAUACAGGGAGCUUACUCCGGUCCCGGUGGGAAAGCGGUGAUUCCAGGUCACGUGAUCGGCAAGUUCUCCGUUCGCACAGUGCCAUAUCAGAGGAGCGAAAAAGUGAGCGAGUGCAUCACCAGGCACCUGGAGAGCGAGUUCGCCAAGCGCAAAAGUCCUAACAGACUGAAAGUCACCAUGACAACCAGUUGCGAACCGUGGACGACUUACCCAAGAACCGCCAAUUUCCGAGCCGCGCAAGCUGCCGUCAAGCAAGUGUACGGCACGGCACCAGGCCUGAUGCGCAGUGGUGCCAGCGUAGCCGUUGCAUCUACGCUGUGCGACAGAGCGAGCCUCAACGUGAUCCAGAUGCCCAUCAGUGCGGCCGGCGGCUACUGCGUCAACGAGAACAUUCCCAUCGAAGACUUGGUUCGAGGGGUGAGCUGA